CCUUCAUUUAUUAUUCGAGUAAGAUAUAAAAAUAACUCUUCCUAUACGUCUGAUAUUUGGGAUAAACCACUGGUUUGGAUAUACAAUGGCGGAUACUUCCAGCCAGGCGACACCUGUGACGGAUCAAGUGGUCACGGAGAACACAACAGCAAAUGCAACAGAGGUUGAAUUAUCGAAGAUAUUUCUACAGACCGUUGCAUGUCAAGCGAUAUCCGGAUUAUUCUGUUGGUUGGCUGUGCUUGUCACCGGACAUCAGAUAUAUAAACAUCUGAGGUUUUACACAGUUCCAAACGAACAGAGAUGGAUCGUUCGAAUCCUAUUCAUUGUUCCGAUAUAUAGUUUCGAUUCGUGGUUGAGUUUGUUGUUUUUCAAUCAGAAUCAAUACUACAUCUAUUUUGACACAAUACGCAACUGCUAUGAAGCUUUUGUGAUUUACAAUUUCUUGAGUCUCUGCUAUGAAGGAUAUCUGGGAGGUGAGAGCAUCAUUAUGUCUGAAAUCAUCGGGAAACCUGUGAAAAUGAGUUGGAUCUGGUGCACGUGUUGUCUGCAGGGAAAAACUUACUCUAUAAGUUCAUUGAGGUUUUGCAAACAGGGAACACUGCAGUUCUGCAUAAUCCGUCCCCUCAUGGCCGUUAUUACUGUCAUUCUGCAGGCAAAGGGUCUCUACAAGGACGGGAACUUCAGCCCAGACAGCGGUUACCUUUACAUCACAAUCAUCUAUAACAUAUCAAUCUCUAUCGCCCUCUAUGCUCUCGGAUAUUUCUAUCUCGCCACGAAAGAUUUACUGAAACCUUACGACCCCGUGCUCAAGUUCAUUGUCGUCAAAUCUGUCAUUUUUCUCUCGUUUUGGCAAGGAGUUCUUCUCAGUAUCUUGGAAAGCACUGGAGCCAUCACUGCUGUAACAAUGGGAGGUGAACAAGCACCGUUGGAUACAGGAACAGUAUCGGCUGGAUAUCAGAACUUUCUUAUUUGCAUUGAAAUGUUCUUUGCUGCAAUCGCUUUGAGAUAUGCGUUCCCGUACCAGAUAUACAGAGAGAAGCACACAGAUAGAGAUAACGGAAUUCAUAUGAAGAGCGUCUCCAGUUCAUUAAAAGAAGUUAUUAAUCACCGGGAUUUCAUGCAAGAUGCGAUUCAUAACUUCUCGUCAAAAUAUCAAAACUAUACUCAACAAAGCACUGUAGCGCCACCUUGUGAUGACGAUCAUAAUCAAAACGACACGAAACCGCAGUUUUUGUCGUCAACAAAAUACCAAUACUCAGACUAUCCUGUGGAGAAUGGUUCGCAUCAUCGUUCUACAGAUUAUGAUGUCAGAAAUGAAACUAAUUCAGUUAGCAUUGUGACAUCAAAAUCAUCCCACAAACACCCACACAGGACGCGACGAAAUCCCGGACAAUCCAGUGAGCGAUGGAACCUUCUCAGUUCAGAUGAUGAAAUUUGAUUCUUAUCGUCAUUUCAACGUUUUAAAUCUAAUGCUUAGUUUUUAAUCUUUAACUUUAUAUCAAAUGAAAUCUAUUUAACCCAGUUUAGUUCCCACUAGAGGUGCAAAAGAGUCAUAUCAUCUCACCUAGGCAGAGGGUGUGUCAUGGGUGGGUGUCAUUGGAUGGCUUUUCAUUAGCCAUGGCAGAUAUAUCCUGAAAUUGACUAUACAUUCUGAUUCACACAAGCCCAACUGGUUAUCCUUACUUCUAAGGCCCCACCCCUUUAUUUGUGUAUAUGUAUUUAUAUUGGUGAUUUUCUCUUUAUUUUUACUAUUUUGAAAUAGUUCCUUGGUUUGGGGCAUUUCCUGGUUCAAAGGUCACUGGCGAUUUUUUUUUAUAAUACCCAUUUUUGUUCAUUUCAAUUUGGUGAAGUUUUAUUUUUAGAUUUGCUAGCAAAUAAAUUACAUUUCAACAAAAUGAAUGCAAUUUGAAAAAGAUAAUUUUAUUGCAAUUUCAAAUUUUUCUGUAAUAUGUUACACUCUCAAGGAGAAAAAUGCACAUGGAAGUUGAUUUUUUCAUGUAAAAUAGUUGCAUUGGAUAUUUGGAAUCGAAUCGAAAACAUAUUCCCAAAGCCGUAGUUGAAAGUUUAUGCCUCCGCUUUUCUCUCAAAAAAAAAUAAUUUUUGCUGUCACGUAGAUGAGUUUUUCCUAGAUUAUUUGAUGCUCCAGUAGUGUGUGUACUAAUCUGAAGGUACCGGUAACUAACCUUGUUCGCCUACUUUUUCAUCUAGUUGUGUAAAGGGACUGAAACCUAUGGGCAGGGAGUAUAUUCACUUGGCUAA